AUGCAGUGCUGGCUGAAGAAACAGAAGGAUGUGAUGGCUCCUGCUGUUAUUGCAAGGGGGGAGGACGUCAUGUGGACUUCUGGUCUAAUCUUUGGAAAAGGAGAGGGAAUUGUGGGGCUUGAAACAAAUCUAGGGACACUUCAUAUUCAAUUGCUGCCUGGUUGCACGCCCCGUUCUGUGGACUACUUCAUCGAGCUUCUGGGCUUGCGCAACUUUGUGAGAUGCAGAUUUUAUCGUGCAGAAGGACGUGGGAAUGUCUGGGAUGCAAAAGGCGACCAUAAAAAAAAUGCUGCAUUUGGUCCCCCAUAUGCAUUGCUUCAAGGAACACUGGAAGUUGAUGGUGUGCCCUUCAAGGAGAUACCAAGAGAAGCAUGUGCGGCGGUGAAAAGAGGGUCCGUUGCCUGGGUAGGGUCAGGGCCAGAGUUCCUGAUCAGCUUAGCCGACCACGAGGAGUGGAGGGACGCCUACACCGUGUUCGGGAAUGUGCUUCCCAAGGACAUGGCGAUCGCUGAGGAGAUGGCACUGCUGCCGACAAGCACAGACGUGUGGAGCAAUGUGACGGUGAAGGUGCUCAAAGAUCCUGUCUACUUCAAGGUGAAGAGAAGCAGCAAUGCUAGCGCUGUCUAG